AUGGACGAGAUUGAUCCGGUUAUAAAUAAAAGAGAGCAGAGUAUGCACACGCUCGGACACCUAACACGACACCGCCAUGAACACAUCACGCACGGUCUGUUAGGCUGCUUGGCGUCAUUCGUGCAUGACGCUGUCUCAAAUCCAACGGAAGUGGUGAAGCAGCGGCUGCAGAUGCUGCACUCGCCGUACCGCAGCGUGUGGGAUCCGCGCGCCGCGUGUAUCGCUGAUUUGCGGUACUUAUUGAUUGAAUUGAAUUGA